AUGCAGCCUCUUUCUCGUUCACACAGGAACCAGUUUCCCAUACCUUUCUUUGGUUUGCCCAUUGUUCUACUAGUCUUCUUGGCUUCUCCCACCAGCUCUUGCACGGAGCAGGAGAAGAGCUCCCUUAUCCAGCUCCUUGAUGGGCUCUUGCAAGACGGCGGCCUCACGGUGUCAUGGCGGAGCGACACAGACUGCUGCAGCUGGGAGGGGAUUGUCUGCAGCCCUGAUAGGAGGGUCACUGAUGUUGUGUUGGCUUCUCACAGCCUUGAGGGGCCCAUCUCGCCGUUCCUUGGCAACCUCAUCGGCCUGUUACGUCUCAACCUGUCGCACAACUCACUGUCCGGUGGCUUGCCACUGGAAUUGGUAUCAUCCAGCAGCAUCAUUGUCCUUGACGUCAGUUUCAACCGCUUGACAGGAGCUCUGCACGAACUACAAUCUUCAGCCCCUGACCGACCUCUGCAGGUACUGAAUAUCUCGAGCAACUUACUUACAGGACCAUUUCCAUCCACAAUAUGGAAGACAAUAGAUAAUCUGAUAGCACUCAAUGCCAGUAAUAACAGCUUUACUGGGCCGAUACCAAGUGAUUUGUGCAAUAGUUCACCAUUCUUCGCUGUGCUUGACCUCUGUUUCAACAAAUUCAGUGGCAGCAUUCCCCCAGGGCUUGGUUAUUGCUCCAUGCUGAGAGUGCUCAGGGCUGGCUACAACAACCUCAGUGGAACACUGCCAGAUGAGCUCUUUAAUGCGACCUCGCUGGAAUACCUCUCUUUUCCUAACAAUGAUUUACAUGGUGUUCUUGAUAGUGCUCGCAUGAUACGCCUCAGAAAUCUACGAAUCCUUGAUCUUGGGUGGAAUAACUUCAAUGGCAGUAUUCCAGAUUCUGUAGGUCAGCUCAAGAGAUUAGAGAAGUUCCAACUGGGCCACAACAACCUGUCAGGGGAACUACCGUCGACUCUGAGCAACUGCACAAAUCUCAAAACAAUUGACCUCAAGAGCAACAAAUUUAGUGGAGGACUAAGCAAGGUCAAUUUCUCCAACCUGCGCAAUCUAAAAACUUUAGAUCUUUGGUCAGACAACUUCACAGGUACAAUUCCUGAAAGCAUGUACUCAUGCAGUAAUCUGACUGCACUGCGGCUAUCUAGCAACAACUUACAUGGGCAGCUCUCUUCGAAAAUAAGCAAUCUGAAGUAUCUCUCCUUCUUGUCACUUGGUAAAAAUAAUUUCACAAACAUUACAAAUGCCCUUCAGAUCCUUAAGAGCAGCAAGAACAUUAGCACCCUGCUUCUUGGGUACAUCUUCAAAGGAGAGAUAAUGCCACAGGAUGAUAAAAUUGAUGGUUUCGAGAAUCUUCAAGUUUUGGACACUGGAGAAUGCAAAUUGUCGGGAAAAAUACCUCUAUGGAUAUCAAGGCUCACAAAAUUGGAGAUGUUAGUUUUAAGAGGCAACCAACUAACUGGCCCAAUACCAGGCUGGUUUAAGUCCCUAAGCCAACUCUUCUUUAUGGAUGUGUCAAGCAACCAUCUUACAGGAGAAAUCCCAUUAACCUUGAUGGAGAUGCCAAUGCUAAAAUCAACUGAUAACUCAAGCCAUUUGGGCCCAAGGGUCUUCAAGCUGCCUGUUUAUACUGGCCCACUACUUCAAUACCUUGUGGUUACAUCUUUCCCAGUAGUAUUAAAUCUAAGCAACAACAACUUCACAGGUGUGAUUCCCCCACAGAUUGGUCAGUUGAAAGUUCUUGUUGCACUUGAUUUCAGCUUCAACAAGCUAUCAGGACAGAUCCCAAAAUCAGUAAGAAAUCUCACAAACCUGCAGAUCCUAGACUUGUCCAACAACAAUCUCACAGGUGCAAUCCCAGCUGCAUUGAACAAUCUACACUUCCUUGCAGCGUUUAAUGUUUCUGACAAUGAUCUAGAAGGUCCUAUUCCGUCUGGAGGCCAGUUUAACACAUUUGGGACUUCUAGCUUUGAUGGGAAUACAAAACUCUGCGGGUCUAUGCUCAUUCACAAAUGUGGUUCCGCAGAAGCACCUACGGACACUAUUCUGUCAACAAAACAAACUGAUUACAAGGUGGCUUUCGCGAUUGCCUUCAGUGCGUUCUUUGGUGUAGGGGUGUUGUAUGAUCAAAUAGUCCUAUCGAGGCAUUUUGGCUAG